AAGGUAGAAAUACAAAUACGAGAAAGAGAUGGAGGAGGAGAAGAAAAGCACCUUCAAAGGCCCCACAUUCUGUCCUCUCAAAAGACCACAAGACGUGAUUUUCAUCUUUCUCCACUGCACCAACACAUUCUUUCGCCUCAUUCCUUCUCUCACUCACCCUCUUAUUUCUUCCCAAAACUCCAUAUACAUCCAUAUCUCUAUAGCCAUUAAUUCUUCUACCAUAGCACACAGUUACCAAACCAAAACAUGUCUACUCAAAUUCAAAAUGGUUCUUCCUCCUCAUCACAACAACCACUGAGUCGCUAUGAGUCACAAAAGCGGCGAGACUGGAACACCUUUGGACAGUACCUGAGGAAUCAGAGUCCCCCAGUUCCACUCUCUCAGUGCAACUUCAACCAUGUGUUGGAUUUCCUUCGGUACCUCGAUCAAUUUGGGAAAACCAAGGUCCACUUGCACGGUUGCAUCUUCUUUGGCCAGCCCACCCCUCCUGCACCCUGUGCCUGCCCUCUCAGGCAAGCAUGGGGUAGCCUCGAUGCCCUCAUAGGCCGGCUUCGCGCUGCCUAUGAGGAGCAUGGCGGAUCGCCAGAGACUAAUCCCUUUGGAGGAGGAGCCAUUCGGGUGUACCUGCGUGAGGUCAAGGAGUGUCAGGCAAAGGCUAGAGGGAUCCCAUAUAAGAAGAAGAAGAAGAAGAGAAACCCAAUUCUCAAGGGGACUCAAAGAGCUAAAGAUAUCGAGCAACAAGCUUCUUGAGAUGAUAUAUAUCUAUAUCUAUAUAUAUAUAUAUAUGAUAUGAACGGGCCAUAUACGAGCGAGUUAAUUGGAUAUAGCAGAUUUGGCACUUUGAAAAAAGAGCAUCUCAGCUGCUUGGACCAAAAAUUGUUACAGAAAAUCACAGUGAUAUUUCACUAAGUAGUUCAGAACAGAAUAAUCCUUUUAGGCCCAUUUACUCGCAGUAAAUCUUAAAAUGCAUGUUAGAGAUGUACAACCUUGUAACUUCUUCUAACAUAUGAGACCUCUACUCCAAAAUAGAAACAACAAGAAUGGCUGGCUUUACAUUCUUGCAGUAGUUUUUCCUUAUAGUACUUUCAAGCAUUAUCAACUACGCAAAUAUAUCUAGGCAUUAUAUUGAAAGAGUUGGAAUUUACAUUAAUUUGGAUUAAUUAGUACGUUGUAGUAUGAUGUCUUAAUCUUGAUGUGAACUUCUUGGAUUUCAACUUGAUGCAUAUACUGCUGAAAAUAUUCAAUGUAAA